GUCCAAGGACUGGCAAAAAGAUGAUAGAUAGAUAGAUAUUGAAGUUGGGAGUUGGGUGAGCUCUCCUUGGGGCAGAGAAGGGCUAGGAGGUGUGCUGGAAGCUGGAAGGUGUAAAGCAUUGCAAAGGACCUGGAGCAAGGGCAUGGGAAGAGGUCAGCAUGUCCUUUGUGUUAGUAACAGGGACUGUUCUGGGAAGCCAUGGAGUCAGCCAGGCCUAGGAGCCACCUAUCCUGUGGUGGUGGCUGAGGGGACCAGGAGGCUAGAGCAGAAGAGCCCCUUGAAUGACCUGCCUUAUCCCAUCUCCUUGUCCCAAGCAGAUGGCAGUGGCGGAGGCAGUACACCACAUCCACCUUCAGAACUUCUCCCGCUCUCUACUCGAGACCCUCAAUGGACAGAGGCUGGGUGGGCACUUCUGUGAUGUAACUGUGCGCAUACGUGAGGCCUCCCUGCGCGCACAUCGAUGUGUGCUGGCUGCAGGCUCACCAUUCUUCCAGGACAAGCUGCUGCUGGGCCACUCCGAGAUCCGCGUGCCCCCGGUGGUGCCUGCACAGACCGUGCGCCAGCUCGUCGAGUUCCUCUACAGCGGUUCACUCGUGGUGGCCCAGGGCGAGGCGCUGCAGGUGCUCACCGCAGCAUCUGUGCUUCGCAUCCAGACAGUCAUCGAUGAGUGCACACAGAUUAUCGCACGAGCACGUGCCCCAGGCACCCCAGCAGCAGUGCCCCUACCCGCACCUGUGCCCCCGCCACUUGCGCCUGCACAGCUGCGCCACCGCCUGCGCCACUUGCUAGCUGCCCGCCCACCAGGGCACCUGGGUACUGCACACAGCCGCAAGCAGCGCCAGCCCGCACGCCUACAGCUGCCCGCGCCCCAAGGGCCUAGCAAGGCUGAGGGGCCGGAUACAGAGCCAGCACUGCCCACAGCCCCCGAUGACAGAGGUGAGGACGAUGAGGAGGAGACUGAUGAGGAGACUGAAUGUGAAGAGGGCGAAACUGGUGGCCUAGGGGAGGGCCAGGCACCUCAUUCCUUUCCUGAUUGUGCUACAGGCUUCCUCACUACCGGCCCUGACAGCCUUCGCGAGGACCGCUCUGGACCCCCUAGUCUAGCUGACUAUGGUGGUGCUGGGAGAGAUUUCCUUCCAGGGGCUACAGUGGCUGAGGACACAUUCCCAGACACCUACAUGUCUGCUUGGCAUGAGGAGGAUGGCACUGCAGCAGAAGGCUGUUCCUCAGAGACCCCUGUUCCACCUGACUGCGCCCUGGUAGGGCCUCGGGCACCAGGAGUGAAGACCUCAGAGCCCACUGUUGCACUCUUUCCUUUUCACCUGGGUGCCCCUGGGCCACCUGGGCCAACCCCUUCCACACAGUCAGGUCCAGCCCCGGUGCCCUCACCAGCCUUCUACCCUGGGCUCCAGCCGGAUGCAGUUCCCAGCGCUCAGCUUGGGGAAGCCCCGGUCCCCCCUGUGGCUCCUAGCACAGCCUCCUCAGCCGCUCCUGUCCGUGCACCUGGUGCUGAGCAGUCGGCCUAUGAAUGUAGCCAUUGCCGAAAGACAUUCAGCUCUCGGAAGAACUACACCAAGCACAUGUUCAUCCAUUCUGGGGAGAAGCCACACCAGUGUGCAGUUUGCUGGCGAUCCUUCUCACUGCGCGACUACCUGCUCAAGCACAUGGUCACACAUACCGGCGUGCGUGCCUUUCAGUGCGCAGUCUGUGCCAAGCGAUUCACUCAAAAGAGCUCGCUCAAUGUACACAUGCGCACCCACCGGCCUGAGCGCGCACCCUGUCCCGCCUGCGGCAAGGUCUUCUCACACCGCGCGCUGCUGGAGCGCCACCUGGCUGCACACCCUGCGCCCUGACGGGGAUGCCUGCAGUGGAGUCGACCAAGAGCGGUUGGCCCCACUUGCCACAGCACCAUGACCACAUUUCGGCCUCUCGAACCUGGGGUCCAGCCCUGUGUAUUCCUUGUCAGCCCUUACUUUUCUCCUGCCUUUUUCUCUUUCUGCAUCCCCAUGGACUCUCUGGGUAGGGCAGCAGGUAGGGGAUGCUGAGGAAUCCUGACCCCUUGGAAGUGGACUAUUCCCAGACUAAGCUGGGCACCCAAGACCUCUAUCCUAGCAGUCCUGUGUCUGACAACAGUUUGCAACCCAUCCCUUAUCAAGAUGAGGCCAGGCCAAGUCUUUUAUUCUAACCCAAGUCUUUUAUUCCUCACCCAUAGUUCCCCUUCCCUCAGCAGAUACCUAAGGAGAGACAGGUGAAUCCAGCAAUGGAAUGAGCCCAAUAUUAGGACCCCACUCUAAUAAAGGACAUUUGGCCAGUG